UAAAAAAAAAAAACGGUUAGCCAGACUGAAACGGUAUAGGACUGAAACUGUGCUGUAGCUAGCUACCACAUUUUACCAAAUACCUGAAAGGGGACUUCUUUAAAGAAUAAACUUCUCUGUGCCCUGGAAAUUUGAGGAUGGAGGGCAGUGAGGGUCAAAGCUCUGCACGCAAAGGAUCUGGUGAUGGAGCGUUGAGCGCUAUGAAUUUAUAUGCCACUCUGGGGCUCUCUCCAGAAGAUGUGGAUGCUCUGGCCAAGAUUCCAGAGAACGAGAUCAGUGUGGAGACACUGCCUUAUCUGAUAAUGCAACUGAAGGCCAAGCGAGCCAAGCGAGAGGAGCAGGGAGAGCCCUCCCCGAAGAGAGACGGGCAGGAAGAGGAUGCAGAUGUUAAAGACUGCAGCAAACAGGACAGUCCCCCUGCAGUCCGUCGCCGGUCAAGCAGCCAUAGUGACACUGACAAUAGGAAAGUGGAGGUGCAACCAGAGCGGGCCGAGGCAAGGAGAGAUUCCCAUCACACUAGGCCCUCGACGGAAAAAACAUCAGACAGCCAACCUUCUUCCUAUCAAGUGGAAGAUUUUCAAGGAGUUGUGCCCAAUAUUUACCCACACACAUGCUCUCUAUGCUUCUGCAUGUUGAAUUCUACUAAGCAAUGGAAGGAUCAUCUCAAUGGAUUACGCCAUGCAGAGGGCUGUCGAGAACUCUUGCAUCUAUAUCCAGAUUGGGAAAAACAAGAUGUCAAGGGGAGGAAAAUACCAAUUUCCAUCCCAAGUAGAGAUGCUAAUUCACCGCCCAGAAGAGUGCCACGUCCUGCUAUGCCUUACAAGAGACAACAUAGCUCAGACCGCGUAGGAGGUGAAGUCUGGUCUGCACCAGAAAGACACCAUUUGAAGCCCAAGGCUGGCACAAAGGUGGUGGUCGCUAAAUAUCCCCGUGGCUCUGUUGCUGUUGAAGACUUGGUGACUUUGGCUAAGCCAUUCGGCACAGUUGUAAAACAUCUGGUGUUCCCCUGCAAGGGCUUUGUGGAGUUGGGUUCGCACAAAGAGGCAGUCAAUAUGGUGGAUCACUUCAGUGAAAGCAAAGCUUUUGUGAAGGGAAAUGGUUUGACUCUGUACCUGUCACCUGUAGUGUGCAGUAUUUAUACGCCAAGGUCGGAUGAACCACCAGGAAAACGCCCCAACAAACAAGUUAGUAAUACAGUGGUUUGUUUUUCCCGCGUACCUCCUGGGAAGGAAAGAGAACCAGAGAUUCUAGAGCUCGCCAAAAUGUUUGGGGAUGUGCGACAUUCAUCAUUUUCAAGUGAUCAGGCCCUGAUUGAAAUGGUAGAUUGGAAGGAUGCUGACAUUAUGGUGAAGUACUACCACUCCAACCCCCUCAAGAUCAAUGGAAAGAGUGUCAAAGUCAGCUUGUCAUCAUCACUGAAGCGCCUGAGAGAAAGUCCAGACUCCACCACAUCCAGAAGAGCAGAUUCCAGUAAAAGCCAAAGCAGCAGACAGAAGAGCGAGGAGACCAGCAAGACCUCAAACUCCACAAACGAAGAGGGACCAAGUACAGGCAAACAACCUGAUGAGAAAGUGGUGGAACAAGGAGAAGGUCAACAAAGCUCCUCAGAGGAGGUUAAAGAAGAGGUAAAGCAGGAGAUCAAGGACAAGGAGGAGAUCAAGGAGGAGGUGGUCAAGAAUGAGAGAAAAGGGGAGGACAUUGAUUUGGAAAACAAAGAUCCAGAGAAAGAGGGCGUCCAUGUGGAAGAUGAACAAAGCUUGUUAGAUAAGGUUGGAGCUGGUGUUGAUACUAACGACUCUGCUCCUUCCAAAAGUGCCCCUCUGGUGGCUGAUUCAAAAGAUAAGGGGGAACCCGAAAGCACAGAAUUGUUGGCAGACGAUACCUUGGAGGAUUCUGACCUAAAGGCUGCCGAUGAUCCAGCUCUGUGUGAUGCUGACGUCUCAGUGGAGGACGUGAUGGAACAGGAGAGCUUUCAUGAACAUGGUGACGACAUGGAUGACAUGGAUUUCCCUGAUAAUAUGGAUGAUUUUGUGACAUUGGAUGAACUUGACAACGAUACUGAAGGGGACGUGUCACUCGAGUCAAAGGAUUCUUCAUGGGAUGGAAGAGUUGUCCAUAUUAGCCCAAUCAGAAAGGGCUAUAGAGACGUAGAGGUGGCCAUCGUGAAACUGGCAGAGCGAGCAAACGUGAAAGUUGUAAACCAUACCAUAUCCUUUUUCAGACAGGAGGCAUGGUUAGAGCUUGAUACUACCGAUGAAGCACAUAAGAUGGUGAAAUUCUACAAAGGCAAAGGACAGUUGUUGGGGAAACAUGUCGAUAUUAGAAUGUGCUAUUCACAGAAAAAGUUGGAGAGUCCCAGUGGGAGAUCCAUCUACAUUUGUUUGCUUCCACGCCAGAAGUACUCGGACGUCUCUCUGUUAAGGCUUGCCCAACCUUUUGGGAAAAUCACUGGCUAUCAUUUGAACUGGGUUCACAGAAAGUGUUAUAUCCAGUUUGAGAGUGUGGAAGCCGCUCAGAAAAUGGUGAAGAAGUGCUUCCAACGUCCUCCCCGAUUUUACGGCACCCUGAUAAGGGUCAGUUUGUGCAAAAAGGGAGACUCACUUAUAUCCUGGAAGCCUCCAGUCAAGUAUGAGCUGUGGUUGGCCAGUCAAAACAACAGAAGAACAAGAGAUCGCCAUGGAGAUGAGACUAAUGGCCAGUCAGCCAAAAGCCACUCUCCAGUGGUGAAAGAGAAGGAUGUCCAGUGCCCUGUGUCUGAUAGUGAGGGGGUCUGUGUGGACCCUGAGGGUGAGGAGACCAGUGGUGUGGAAGCUGUCCCAGAGGAGGAGGAGAAGAAGCAGCAGGAACCUCUGGGUCCUUAUCAACAUGACAACCCUGUUGGGUUAGACUAUCUGGUGCCAAGGACCGGAUUCUUCUGCAAGCUGUGCAACAUCUUCUACACCAAUGAGAAAACAGCCAAAUCAGUCCACUGUAGCAGUGAGGUACAUUACCUAAACCUGAAGAAAAAGAUGGAUGAAGAUAAACAGCCCUUAGCUGAUUGAGAGGGUUGCUGUCCACCUGUAGUCUUCCCAGAGGAAGAUUAGCCGUUUUAGUAUAAACGUUUCUGUCCAGUUUGUUUUUAACAUUCCAGAAUUUUCUGUUACUGUUGACAACAUUAUGUUAUCCAUUUGAAAUGAAUUAAUGCAGCCUAUUAUGAAAUGUAGUCCCAUUAUGUGGUUAAUAAUAGUACCUGGAUAUAGUUUCCUCUUAUUGAAUAAACAAAAAUGUUUGCUUGAUGUAUUCUUUGACUUCUGGAAUUAAAUGUGUCACCUCUGUUAUGGCUAA